GGUGGGCUUCGGGUUCAGCGGGUAAGCCGGUGGAGACUCAGUCAUGGAAGGUGAAGUGUUGCUGCUUUCAAGUAUGAUUUUCCUGUUACCGGUGGUGUGCGGCUGCCCAGAGAGAUGCCACUGUCACUCACCUUCAAAUUCUGUAGACUGCAGCCGGCAGGGUCUGGCUGAAAUCCCUUCCGAUUUGCCUUCUCAGACCCUAACGCUGCACUUACAAGAUAACCAGAUCCACCAGCUUCCGACUUCUGCAUUUAAAUCAGUGCCACAGCUCACAACCUUGAACUUGUACAACAAUUCUCUUUCAAAUCUGACCCCCGGAGUUUUCCAUGGACUUCAGCACUUGAGGGUCUUAAACCUAACUCAGAACUCCCUGCAUUCCCUGGAAAGCAGACUAUUCCAUUCUCUCCCAGAGCUGAGGGAACUCGAUUUGUCAUCAAACAAUAUAAGUCACCUUCCUGCAUCCCUAGGUGAGCCUUGGGAGAACCUAACCGUUCUUGCAAUCCAGCAAAACCGGCUUCGGCAGCUCGAUCGAGCCCUCCUAGAAUCCAUGCCCAGAAUAAAGCAUUUAUUUCUCAAAGACAACCUCUGGAAAUGCAACUGUCACUUGCUCAGUCUUAAACUCUGGCUGGAGACAUUUGUCUAUAAAGGGGGAAUAACGGACAGCAUCAUCUGUGUAUCACCAGACACCUGGAAGGGAAAGGACCUCCUUGAAAUCCCUCACGAGCUGUACCACCCCUGCCCUUUGCCUUCUCUACACCUGCAGUCCUCGCAGGUGCCGCAGCUAGGUGCUGACCACCAGGCUGUCCCCAGGCUCUCCAAGAGCCACAGCACAGGGGAGCGAGACCACCGGGAGUGUGAGAUCAAACCCAAGCCGAGGCCGGCCAAUCUGCGCCACGCCAUGGCCACCAUUGUCAUCACAGGGGUGGUGUGUGGGGUCGUGUGUCUCAUGAUGCUGGCGGCCGCCAUCUACGGCUGCACCUAUGCCGCUAUCACAGCCCAGGACCAUGCGGGACGCUUGGCUCAAGCCAAUGAGCCCACGAAGACAGGGGGAAAAGAGCUGUUCGACAGCUCACUGGCCUGAGAACUUUCA